AUGUCUAACCCAGUAGAAGUGUCCUGUGUGGAUGUCCUUAUUGUAGGGGCAGGUCCUGCUGGGUUGAUGUUGGCGAAUUGGAUGAGCCGGACGGGGAUUAAAACUCGCAUUGUGGACAAACGAGGGACAAAGAUCUUCAAUGGACAAGCUGAUGGCUUACAAUCUCGAACUCUGGAGAUAUUCGACUCAUUCGGGUUCGCCUACCGAGCUUGGCAAGAAUCUAACCAUAUGCUAGAGAUGUGCCUGUGGAAUCCAGAUGACAAUGGAUUGAUACAAAGGACCGAUAGACUGAUCGAUACAAUCCAGAAUCUUAGCAGAUUCCAGCAGGCGGUUUUGCACCAAGGUCGCAUCGAAAGAUUUUUCUUGGACUCAAUAGCGGAGCACAGCAAGAUUCGAGUGGAGCGACUGGUCAUUCCUGAGACACUUGAACUCGAUGAAUCAAAGGUCGCUCUCGACAAUGAAUAUCCAAUCCGUAUCAGUCUUCGACAUUUGGCUGAAGAUCCUGCCCCUGCACAAUCAGGAGUAGAGAAUGGUCUUUUCCGAAGCAACAUCACCGAAGAUGACACCGAAGGCAUUUUGGAGACAUCUAAGGCUAAAGAGGACCGAACAGAGAUUGUGAACGCGAAGUAUCUUAUCGGUUGUGACGGCGCCCAUUCCUGGGUCAGAAAACAGCUUGGUGACGACUUUGCCUUGGUUGGUGAAGCAACAGAUUACGUAUGGGGGGUGCUCGAUAUCAUUCCCAUCACGGACUUUCCAGACAUCCGCACGAGAUGUGCUAUUCACUCCCAAGAAUCAGGCAGUAUGAUGAUUAUUCCUCGAGAGAACAAACUCACCAGAUUAUAUAUCCAAUUGAAAGAAGUAUCGACUGGAGGUCGAAUCGACAGGUCCACUAUCUCACCUGCUACUAUACUGAAAGGAGCGCAAAAGGUAUUGGCUCCCUACAAGAUCGAGUACAAGUACUGCGACUGGUGGACAGUCUAUCAGAUAGGGCAGCGUGUUGGGAAGGGCUUCUCGAAGCAUGAUCGCAUUUUCCUUGCUGGUGACGCCGUGCAUACACAUAGUCCCAAGGCCGGACAAGGCAUGAAUGUCAGCAUGCAAGACACGUAUAACCUAGGGUGGAAAAUCGCCCAAGUAGUAAAAGGAGAAGCGGAUAGAUCAAUUCUGCAGACUUAUGAAGCGGAGAGAAGAAAGGUUGCCCGAGACCUCAUCGAUUUUGAUCAUAAGUUCUCUAGACUAUUUUCCGGAAAACCAGCCAAAGAUAUCUUAGAUACUGAGGGUAUCAGUCUCGCAGAAUUCAAGAAAGCAUUUGCGGAUGGUAACAUGUUCACCAGCGGGGUUGGUGUCAAGUACUCGGGAUCGCAGAUUGUUGCUGUGUCAGACGAAGAUCAUCCGAGUGAUAAAGCUGACAAUGAAGUGACAAGCAAAGGUCAAUUUGCAAGCAAGGUAGUACUUGGAAUGCGCAUGCCAAGUUUCAAAGUACUCAACCAAUCCGAUGCUCGUCCAUGGCACCUUCAAGAACGCCUGAAAAGUGAUGGAAGAUGGAGAAUAUUGAUAUUUGCCGGCAAUAUCAAAAGAUCGACACAGCUGGCUAGAGUGAACAAACUUGGAAAGCAACUCGCAUCGCCUACAUCAUUCCUCUCGCGCUUCAGACCCGUCGGAAAGCCGAUAGAUUCAGUCAUUGAGGUCUUGAGUAUUCAUUCGAGUCCUAGAACCGACUGUACAAUUUUCGACUUUCCUGAUAUUUUCCACCCGUACAACGACGAAGUUGGUUGGGACUACUGGAAGAUCUUUGUGGAUGAUGAGUCAUACCAUGAGGGCCAUGGGGAAGCUUACAAGAACUACGGGAUUGAUGUGGAGACGGGUUGCGCUAUCAUUGUUCGACCUGACCAGUAUGUAAGUUGGAUUGGCGCUGUGGAUGACUACCAGCAGAUGGACUCUUUCUUCUCAAGGUUUAUGAAGGUUCAGAGCUAA